CCGCCAUCAAUCUUUCUCCCGCUACCGUCGACUUUGUUACAGUGCAGGUCGACCCAUAAAAACAUAUUAGAGCAUGUCAGCUGAAGAUACUCUCCAAGAUGUCGCCGAGAACGAGAUCGAGUCCAACUGGGACCAGGUUGUCGACAACUUCGAUAACAUGGAUCUGAAACCGGAGCUGCUCCGUGGUGUAUAUGCGUACGGUUUCGAGCGCCCUUCAGCAAUUCAGCAGCGAGCUAUCGUCCCAGUCGUCAAAGGUCACGAUGUCAUUGCCCAGGCCCAGUCCGGUACCGGAAAGACUGCGACUUUCUCUAUUUCUAUCCUUCAGCAGCUCGAUAUGUCUGUCAAGGGCACCCAGGCGCUUAUCCUCGCCCCUACCCGGGAACUCGCUCAGCAGAUCCAAAAAGUCGUCAUCGCACUCGGCGACUACAUGAACAUCGAGUGCCAUGCCUGUGUUGGCGGCACCAACGUCCGCGAGGAUAUGGCAAAGCUUCAGGAAGGCGUCCAUGUCGUCGUCGGAACCCCCGGCCGUGUCUAUGACAUGAUCAACAGGCGCGCACUAAGGACCGAUACCAUCAAGAUUUUCUGUCUCGACGAGGCUGAUGAGAUGCUUUCUCGUGGGUUCAAAGAUCAGAUUUACGAGGUCUUCCAACUUCUCCCCCAGGACACACAGGUCGUCCUACUCUCCGCCACCAUGCCCGCUGACGUCUUGGAGGUUACCAAAAAGUUCAUGCGCGACCCCGUCCGCAUUCUCGUCAAGAGAGACGAGUUGACCCUCGAGGGUAUCAAACAGUUCUACAUCGCCGUCGAGAAGGAGGAAUGGAAGCUCGACACUCUCUGCGAUCUCUAUGAGACAGUCACCAUCACCCAGGCCGUCAUCUUCUGCAACACACGGAGGAAGGUCGACUGGUUGACUGAGAAGAUGCACUCGAGAGAGUUCACCGUCAGCGCCAUGCACGGAGACAUGGAGCAAAAACAGAGAGAGGUUCUCAUGAAGGAAUUCCGUUCGGGUUCAUCCCGUGUUUUGAUCACCACCGACCUCCUUGCUCGUGGUAUUGACGUGCAGCAGGUAUCUCUCGUUAUCAACUACGAUCUCCCUACAAACCGGGAGAACUAUAUCCAUCGUAUUGGUCGUGGUGGACGAUUCGGAAGGAAGGGUGUUGCUAUCAACUUUGUUACGACCGAAGAUGUCAGAAUGUUGCGGGAUAUUGAACAGUUCUACAACACCCAGAUUGACGAGAUGCCUCUCAACGUCGCCGACCUCAUCUAAGAGCUUCAUAUAUAUUUACACCCUCUCCCUAAAACGGCAUCACGUUCUGCCUUGUUUCUCGGUCUGUUCGUUGUUUUUCUGCUUUUUAUGAUUUACUCUUUCAGUCUUUUUCUCUCUUGCUUAUUUCUCCUGUUGUGUUCUGAGUAGUAGAGUGUAAUUUUCGACGCAGGGAGAGGCGUGGUUUGAUUCGAAUGCCGUAUCAUGAACGUAUGAAUCAAUGUCAUUGAAUGAUGUGCAUAGCAAGUCU